CCUUAAUCGAAUUUGGAUUGUCCGCUCUCUUGCUCUCCCUCCUCGCACUCGCUCGCACUCACUCUCUCAUUCUCUUUUUCUCUCUCUUCCCUCUCACCCUUCGCCUCCCCUCUUUCUUCUCCUUCUUUACGUCUCCGCUCGCAAUUGCCCCGCCUUCUUUCACACUGCUCGUUUGCCACUAAUUACUACCAGUCUUUCCUCACUCCACCCCGCAAACGACAUCGCCCAUUCCCUCUCGUGCAUUCCUCUCUCUCUCUCUCUCUCUCUCUCACUCUCUCAUCACCUCUUCCUCAUCGCACAUUGACCCAUCGCCUCCUUCUCCUUCUUUCUCUCCUUUCCCCCCUGAUCGCAUCAACAUGAUCAAGAACAUCGGCAAAUUCAAACAGUGGACGGGCGAGAAGAUGGGCAAGGGCCCAAAGGCCCGGAUGGAUGAAGACUUUCACAGCCUGACGAGCGAAACAGAAGCCAAGCGCGUUGCCCUGGAAAAGCUGAGCGAGACCUCACAUGCGUACCUUAAGGCCAUCAGCAAACGUGUUGAGGGCGACGACAAGCACAAGGGAUUAGCUAUCGAGACAUUUGGUAUGAGCAUGUCGGCCCAAAGCUACACCGUCCGUGAAGGAUCGCAAUACCGGGGGGCACUGCAGCGCAUGGGCGAUGCGCAUCAAAACAUCGGCGCAGCCCAAUUGGAAUUGAUCUCUCGCUUUAACAGCUCGUAUCUUGAUAGUCUGGAAAAGUCGCAGGCGCAGAUGAAGGAAUAUCAAGCAUUACAAAGGAAGCUGCUGUCAAGGCGACAGGACUACGAUGCCAAGCUAGCCAAAGUUCAGAAGGCCAAGAAGGAGAAACCUGAAUGGGAGGAAGAGAUGCAGGCAUCCAAGGCCAAGUAUGAGGAAACUAGGGAGAAUGUCCUGAACUUGAUGUACACCAUUAAUGAAUCACAGGAUGACAACCUGAUCAGUCUAAAAUCCUAUUACGACGCGCAGUUGGCGUAUGCACGCAAGAUGGUCGAGAUCUUGGAAGCCAUUCCCGAAAACACAUUUAUGACCUCGCCCAACGGAUCUCGCUUGUCUCUCUAUGCUGGAAACGGCACAGCAAAGAAAUUGAGCGGGAAGGAUUCACAGGAACCAGAGGACGAACGCUCGAAUCUCUCGGACGACCAAUCCAGCACGCAAUCAAUACCCAAUGGACGUCACCCCUUUGAUAGGACUCCAUCCACUGCAGAUCUGCGUCGCAGCAACAUGAGCCAACAUCUGAACCCAGAACUGAGUCGAUCCAUGUCGCAUCUGACACCCAAUGCGGCACAAACGAGAAAGAACAGCAGUGGAGGAAGCAUUCGUUCCAACGGACUGAUGGCAUCUCCCGCUGUCCCAAGUCGAGGCCGGACUCAAAAGCAAGUGCGGGCACUUUAUACCUUUGAUGCUACAGGCGAAGGCGAACUGUCCAUCCAGAAAGGCGACAUCAUCCGCAUCGUGGAAGAGAUCGAUGAAGGGUGGUGGGAGGGUGAGCUGGUCGACACGAACGGUGUCCGACACACUGGAAUGUUUCCUUCCAACUACUGUGAGGAGGUCAUGAGUGAUUCUGGAUCGACCCAUCGACAGGGGUCCAUCCACUCGAACUCAUCAGAUCCAGGGCGCUACAUGGACGAGGAUGAGGCUGCCUACUACGAGCGAGAGACUGAGCCAACUAUUCACUAUGCGGAACCAGAAGAGGAGACCGUUCCUCCCGUUCCAGUCACAAGGAGGGCACCACCGCCACCAGUGAGACAAGCGUCGCACAUGAUCCCAGCAUCGAAUGGCAGCGCCACUAACGGACAUGCGAAUGGUACUGCACGCGCAACACCUCCGCAAGCACGACCAGUAUCGACACUGUCGCCAAUGAACAGGACUUCGACUCUCGGUACCAGGAUGCCUCCACCUCCGCCACCAACUCGACGAGCAGCCGUUGAGUCGAUGAGACACAGUGCAGUCUUUUCGAAUAGCUCCACGCCGGCUGUGUCGCCACCACUUGUGUCGGCAGGACCAUCGCCUCCACCGACGGCUGUCCCAUCGACGCCCUCUACAGCGUCGAUGAUGGGUUACAUCCCCAAGGACUACUUCUCGAACCAGGCGCUCAAUCCGGCCGAGGCCGACAUGGGACCGUGUCGCGAGUGCCAGUGCACGGACUUUUCUGCCAAUGUUUUCAAGCGUGGCAGCUGCAACAAUUGCUUCCAUAUCCAUUAAACUUUUCUACCUAAUAAUAAUAUCUAAUGUAAUAAUCCGCGAUCCCGGGGUUUUUUCUUUUUUUUUCUUUUUUGUUCUACAAUGAUG